AUGAGUAUAGAUUCAAGUCUUGGCUCAACAGCCCACGAACCUGUGGCUGAUACCUCAGGCGAUAUAGCCAAGUCACAAGAAGAGCAAGAGAAAAGUCAAUCUAAACUAUCUUCAGCAUCCAUUCUUUCAACUCUAUGCUCGCCAUUCAGUGCACUUUUAUCCGGAUCCCAAAGCAAGGGUACGCCAGAAUCGAAUAACGAACGCAAACAAGAGGCGAAGAUUGAGGUUAAAGAGCCAGAAGCGUAUUACGCGCCGAGUGAAGUACCGAUGUUUAAGAAACUUCAGAAGAAAAGGUUAUCAGGUACGCGGACGAAACAACUUCUUCGUGCGGCUGGUCGUGCCUAUAAUGAUCCGCCACCACCGCCUGAAUUGGGAAGUUGUUGUGGAAGUUCAUGUGAUCCAUGUGUAAAUACGUUGUGGCGUGAAGAGAGAGAUGUGUGGAGAGAACGGUGGGGAGAUAGGAAGGUGGAGAAUGUGGAUGAGAAUGGGAGAAAGAAGGAAUUGGAGUGGUAG